GUCACUUUGCAUCGCCGGGUGGUGACAUGCGCCGAAUCGCUUUCUUCGAGGGUCCAGAUAUUCUACUUGCUGCGCUUUUCAGGGGACAUUGAAUCGGUUCAGUGUUAAGCGCCACUUGCCGUGAACCUGUUCAGGUCAAUUCAAAGCUAGUGAAUGGGUAUUCGUUAGUACUCGACGCUCCGCCAGGCCGGGCAAUGCUUGGAAGUACGAAUCGGCAGCUAGGUAGGAUCAAGGGAGAUGGUUUCGCUUUGCGAAAAGUUUAACGGUGAAGAGGCAGACAUACGCGAUCACGUUGCCAUUCUGCUAGAAAUGCCGCUGAAAGAACAUGGCAUGCUUGGGGUUAAGUCAUUACAACGCACUCUGCAACCAGAAGAGGUGCUCGAACAGCGUCGAAAUGUCUCGUGGACCACGUUGGUCGUGCACGUGGGCUCAAAAGGCCAAAGUCAUGAGCAAUCCCAUCGUCCAUAUUACGAGGAGGCAGAGACAGAAAGUGGAGCCGACGGUGGCGACGAUAGCGUGGACAACGCUACAACGCAGCCAACAACGGAAACAAUGUUGACAAAGGAUCAUUAUGAUAACCCGGUGCAGUCUAUGUAUAUAUCAAAAGAAUCCGGCCGCUGUUCAUGAUUCAUGCUUCAUCGCCUUAUUGAUCCAUUCGACUGUCACGAAAUUUGCGCCAUGCCAUCGCCCAUG